AUGCAGUUAGUUCCUACAGCUACGUGGCACCAUGUUUCAGGACCUCUUGAGAUUCAUCAGCUAUCUGCAGAGUACCCUGUUUUUACUUCAAAUAAAAAUUAUGAAGUUCCUAGCGAAGUUUCUGAUGCUGUCUUUCAUCAUCAAAGUGCUAAACCUGAAACUUGGGAUGUUUAUUAUCGAUAUUCGACUCUAGAAAAGCUUUUAACAAGUACUGCCUACUGCCUUAGAUUUAUUUAUAAGCUUUUUAGUGCUAGCCGUACUGUUCCUGAACUUUAUAAUGCUAAACUCCUGAUGGUUCGUUUGCAUCAAUUGACUCAUUUUACAGCUGAAUUUUAUUUGCUCAAUUCAGUCACUCAUUCUGUCGAUAAAGUUAAGCUCAAACUUCCGUCAAAUAGUUCGUUGAUCCCGUUAAAAUCGUUAGUCAAAAAUAUUAGAGUGGGGGGUCGUUUGAGUCGUUCGUUGCUGCCAUUUGAAACUAAGCAUCCUUUAGUGUUGGCGGCUCACGAUCACUUUACUGAAUUGGUCGUAAACUAUGCUAAUAAGAUCACCUUGCAUGGUGGUCCUCAACUUACUUUGAGUACUAUUCGUCAGGAAUGGUACUCUUGCCCUACCUUAACUCAACAAAUGGCAGAUUUACCUAGUGCUCGAGUUCAACCUGUACCCGCAUUCUUAAAGACUGGAGUGGAUUAUGCCGGUCCAUUUUUAGUUAAGUUAUCUAGGUCUAGAGGUAGAGGUACUACCAAAGAUUACGUAGCCGUUUUCACUUAUAUGUGUACCAGGGCUGUUAAUUUAGUAGAAGAUUAUAGUUCUGACGCCCUUAUUGCUGCCUUCCAGCGUUUCAUUUCUUGUCGAGGCCAUUGCUCCGAUCUGUAUAGUGAUCGUGGUACUAAUUUUGUGGGUGCUGAUAUUGAAUUGCGUAGAAGGUGGUACGAAUUUAAGGAGUGUAAAUCUUUUCAGUAUUUAAUGAGUUCCUUGAAAACUCAAUGGCAUUUUAACCCUCCCGCCUCUCCGAAUUUUGGUGGAGUCUGGGAAUCAGUUGUAAAGUUGAUGAAGCAUCAUCUUCGUGGAAGUUUGUAUGAAUUCGCGACCAUAUCUCCUUUAAGAGAUGAUCCUAGUGAUUGA